ACGACAGUAUAUAUCACGCAGAGCAGAUAACAAGCAUGUCGCACGACCAAGAGCACGUCUCCGACGCGGAGCUGGGGCGCUACGGCUACGUACAAGGCAACGACCACGCGCUGCCGUACCUCUCCAAGUGGUCGCGGGAGAUGGCCGUGGACCUACAGCAGGUGCCGGCGGUACUGCAGCACCUCAACUGCAGCUACCUCUCGACGCCAGGCCAGGCGCCGACGCUGCUGGCGCUCAAGCAGCACCUGCAGUCGCUGGCCGUGGUGGUGGCGCAGCUCUGCGUGACGGACAAGGCGGCGGCGGGCGAGAUCGGCGGGGCCGGCGACAACGAGACGCGGCGCAAGAUCCAGCUGGGCGACGCCAUGGACUGGCUCUCGUCCCUCACGACGCCCUACGCCAACGACGACCCGGACCACCACCGCCGCCUCAACAGCCUGCUCAACGAGGUCGAGGCCCACCACGACGUGCUGGGCACCCAGUACCACUGCGCGCUCCGGUCGGGCGCGCCGUCGGUCCCGCGCGGCGAGGGCGAGCCGGGCCCCGUGCUGCUGCAGCAGCCGUACGCGAGCCACCACAACCUCCUCAUGCACGCAAACGCCUGCCUCGAGCGGCUCGACCACGAGCUGAGCGCGCAGGGGGGGAUCCUGGCGAUCAUGCCGACCGACGACGCCGUCGACGACGACGAGCGGCGCGGGGCGCGCAACACGCUGCUGGGCCAGCUGCUCGCCUUCGCGCAGGCGCUCGUGGGCCGUACGCACGACCUGGAGCUGUCGCACGCCCACCUCACGGACCUGCUGCGGGGCGAGGCGGUCGCCCCCCGGCAGCACCUGUCCGCGCUGGGCCCGGACGCGCGGUCCGUGGGCCGGCAGCCCGUGUACCCCCAGGACCGGUGGGUGCUGGCCAACGCGGGCGACGACGUCUUCGGCCACCUGCACCGGCUGCUGGAUCGCGAGGAGGCGCUGGUGGGGCAGAAGGAGAAGAUCUGGCGCCAGCUCGGGGCCGUCGGGGAGCGCAUCUGGGAGGAGGAGCGCGGCAAGGCCUACGCGCGCGGCAUCGUGCACAUCACGGUGCCGACGCGCUACUACCGCAUCAAGCGCGGGCCCGACGGCGGCGGCGGCGGCGGCGGUGGCGGCAACGACGGGAACACUACCAACGACAACGACGAUCCGGGCACCAUCUUCGUGAUCCCCGCGUGGGAGCACCACCCGGGCGUGGAGCACACGCGGCGCAUGGAGCAGGGGCUGGCGCCGACGGUGGCGUCGGUGCCGACGCCGCACUGGCCCGAGCGCGUCAGCGAGCUGCAGGAGCGGUACCACGGCAAGGCCGUCGACGGCGUGCGCGCCCUGGUCGAGAACGAGGCCCUGCGCGCCCGCGUGGCCGCGCUCGAGGCCGACGUCGUGGCGCUCCGCGGCGACCGCCAGCGCGUCGAGGACCAGGCCGACGUGCUCAGCGAGUUCGCCAGCGUCCAGCAGGGCGCCAAGGCCCUGGCCACCGAGGUGGCGUACCUCCGGCAGCGCAUCAAGGAGUUUGAGGCCAAGGAGGCGAGGAUGGUUGAGUAGCUGUGAGGGGUUGGGCUGUUUGUCUUCUUUUUUCUUUUUUUUUCUUCUGUUCUUUUGGUUCCCGUUCUUUGGCUUGCUUUUCUCUGUUUCAUUUCUUUUCUCCGCCGGGUCUUGCUUUUUUUCUCCUGUCCUUUUUUCUCCGCCCUUCAUCUCGCUCUCACCGAGACACCAGCGAAGCUUGCGCCACUCACAUGGUCGAAUGCUAUCCAAAUGCGUCGCCGUCGGCCACCUACCAAAUUCGUCAACAUCUCCACUCUGGGCAACUGAGCACGUUGCAAAUGCAACCAAACGAGACGGCAAAGGCCAGCUCUCAUUGCUUGCGAAAAGAUGGUCCCUGGAUAUGGCGCGAUAGACGGGAUGCGUGAUUUAGGAGGUGCUGGUUGUGGAGAUGGAGGGCCAUUUUGUGUCGGCCGGGAACGUGGUUCAGUAGCAUUCAAUCAUUUCGUCGA